ACUUUUUUCUAUUUUCAAAUUAUAAAUCCCUAUAGUACCAAUUAUCUGUCAAUGAAUAACAAAAAUAUUACCGAAGUUGAUUCUUUGAUAUGUAUUUGAAUAAAGUAUUUGUUAAUGUAAGCAUUGUCUAUGUAUGUACUAAUAUAUUAUCGUUUUUGUUGUGAGAUUUUGGCAAUCAAGCACCAACAUGUACUGUCUUUAAUAUAUAUUCCGAUCUUUCAAAUAACGUAUUCGAGUAUUGCAUUUUGAAUGGCAUGCAUUUCAUCAUUUAUACAAAAUUUCAAGACAUCACAAUUCUCGACUAAUCCAUUCCCUGAUAAAGAAUACAUAAGUAUUCGAAAGCUCGAAAUAUAUAUUAAAAAGAGUAGAUUGUAAUAAAACGUUCAUAAACUAGUUGACAAAAACUUUGUUCCAAUUCACAUACUAAUAUAUAGACAAUGUCGUAAGUGUAUAAUUUUGAAAGAGUUUUACUUUAAAAUGAUACAUUUGGAAGUAGUAUCUUGAAAAAAGUUUAGUUCAUUUGCCAAACAUCAAACGUUUUGUCACGGAUGAAUUACGCGUAGUUUUUCUAUGAUUUUACUGGAAGUGUAGCUGGAACAGAUUAGUUCAAAUAAGAUAAUCUUUAUACACGGUUGGAAAAUUUUCAUAUUUGAAUUAUACAACUAAGCAAUAUUUCUGAAAAGGUUUGUGUAAAACUCUUUUAUGCCCGUGACGACAGAGUCACUGUUUGUUGUAAAUAAAUUGAAAAAUUUAUAAUUCGAACUAUAUGUAGUGAAGUAUAUGUUUAAGGUUAGACAAGAUUUUUUUAAAUUGACAAGAUAAUUGUUAAUACUCAGUGGCAAUUGAUCAUUAUCAAAUAGUUAUGUGAUAUACUUCUAUAUACUCAUUUGAUUAAUUAUUUAAAAAUAAAAAUGGUACCACCUUCAACUACCAAUCUUUUACAAAAAUUAAGGUCGUUAAUGCAAAAUACUAAGUAUGUUAAAGAACCAAUUCAAGCUUACAUCGUACCUUCAAGUGAUGCACAUAACAGCGAGUAUUUAGCAGAAUGUGACGAGUAUAGAGCUUUCAUCACCGGAUUUACUGGAAGUGCAGGUACUGCUAUUAUUACUGAUAAAGAAGCGCUUUUGUGGACAGAUGGAAGAUAUUAUUUGCAAGCCAGCCAACAGCUGGAUUCUAAUUGGACUCUAAUGAAAGAAGGGCUUCCUACGACUCCUUCACAAGGCGAUUGGUUAUGUAGAAAUCUUACAAAAGGAUCUCUAAUAGGAGUCGACCCGAAACUGUAUGCCUACAAUAAAUUCUUUCCACUACAAUCAAAAUUAGAAGGAACAGGUCAUAAAUUAGUAGCAGUUCAUACCAAUUUAAUAGAAUUAAUAUGGAGUGAUAGACCUGCAAGGCCUGCAAAUCCCGUAAAACCGCUUACCAGAAAUUAUACCGGCAAGUCUGUAGCACAGAAAUUGAAAGAAGUAAAUGAUCAAAUGAAAGAGAAGAAUGCAGAGUAUUUAGUUAUAACAGCCCUGGAUGAGAUAGCUUAUUUUUUGAACCUACGAGGAGCCGAUAUCCAGUUCAAUCCUGUUUUUUUCGCUUAUCUUGUUAUUGGCAAUAAUAAUUUCACAGUAUUUAUGAAUGAAAAACAAGUUAAUAGUGCCGUUAAAGAUCAUUUCAAUUCGGAAGUUGGGAACAACUAUAAAAUUGAAAAUUAUGAUUGUAUCGAAAAGAAGAUUGAGGAAUAUGCAAAUAAAAUAGAAGGAUAUAUUUGGUUUUCUGAACAAUCUAGCGAUGCCCUAAUAGAGUUGGUACCAAAGAAAAAUAGAUUGUUAACAGAUAUAACGCCAAUUUGUUUAAUGAAAGGAGUUAAAAAUGAAACGGAAAUUCAAGGGAUGCGUAACUGUCAUAUACGUGAUGCAGCUGCUCUUUGUUGCUACUUCUCUUGGUUAGAAGCAAAUAUAAAAACACAAAAAAUCACUGAGAUUUCUGGUGCUCAAAAACUUCUAGAAUUCCGUAAAAUGCAAAAAGAUUUUGUAGGAGAAAGCUUUGAUACUAUCAGUUCGGUAGGACCUCACGGUGCCAUUAUCCAUUAUAAGCCUAGUCAAAAUACCGAUGUGCAAAUUACUACUGAUCAGAUAUAUUUGUGCGAUUCCGGUGGUCAAUACUUAGACGGUACCACCGACGUCACUAGGACCUUACAUUUUGGAACUCCCACGCAAUUCGAAAAGGAAUGCUAUACUAGGGUCUUGAAAGGACAACUAAAACUCAGUUCUAGAAUAUUUCCAUAUAAAAUUAAAGGUAACUACUUGGAUUCGUUCGCUCGAGAAUACCUUUGGCAGGUUGGUUUGGAUUACGCUCAUGGAACAGGCCACGGGAUAGGUUCUUAUCUUAAUGUUCAUGAAGGACCUAUGGCGAUUUCAUGGCGUACAGUUCCAGAAGAUCCAGGUUUAGAACCUGGUAUGUUCAUUUCCAACGAACCUGGAUAUUACCAAGAUGGACAAUUUGGUUUGAGAAUUGAAGAUAUAGUUCAAGUUGUUGAAGCCAAGCCUCCACACAAUUUCAAUAAUAGAGGGUAUUUGACUUUCGAAACUAUCACUUUGGUGCCGAAAAUGAAUAAACUGAUUUUAGUAGAGAUGUUGACUAAGGAAGAGAUUAAGCAGUUGAAUGAUUAUCACCAGAAGUGUUUGGAAAUUGUCAAGCCUGUUUUAGAGCAGCAAGGUCAAGUGGAAGCUAUAAAAUGGUUGAAAAGGGAAACAAUGCCUUUAACUAUCUGAAUAUGUGAUUUUAUUAAAUUAAUUUUUCAAUAAAUGCAUUUAUUUCUUGA